CGGGACCUCAUGUUAUGGCAGAGCUUAUGGCAGCCACAUUACUGCUGCGCUGCUUCCUGUCAUUGGAUGCUGAAGUCACCACAUGAACGUAACCCAAGAGAAUGGCGGCCGUGGACAGCUUUCACCUUCUAUACCAGGAGAUAGCCAGGUCGUGUCACCACCAAGUGGAAAUUCUGACCGUUGUAGGAGCCUGUUACGUGUCGUGGAAAGGUCUCUGUCUCCUAUGCGAUUGCUACAAUGUUCUCCGCUCGCACAUCAACCCUCUUCUGCUCCACAGGACCAGCCUGGCUAACAAGUACGGAGAGUGGGCUGUAGUGACAGGAGCUACUGAUGGUAUUGGGAAGGCAUACGCAGAGGAGCUGGCGAGCCGUGGCAUGAACAUUAUCCUGAUCAGCCGCAAUAGAGAGAAGUUACAGAGAGUGUCUGAGGCCAUCGCUGCUAAGUAUGGGGUUCAAACCAGCUUCAUAGAGGCAGACUUCAGCAAGGGCCGGGAGGUCUUUCCUGCCAUUAGGGAUGGCCUCAAACACGUGGAUGUCGGCAUCUUGGUGAACAACGCCGGAGUUUUGUAUGACUACCCCGAGAGGGUUACUGAGGUCCCAGAGGACAAAGUGUGGGAGAUCAUUAACGUCAAUAUUGCUGCAGCCACAAUGAUGGUGCAUAUAGUGGUACCGGGUAUGGUCCAGCGGAAGAAGGGGGCCAUUGUCAACGUGGCUUGUGGCACCUGCUAUAAAUCGAAUCCUCAACUAACCAUAUAUUGUGCUUCCAAGGUUUAUUUAGAUAGACUAAGCCGGGACCUUCAUUUGGAGCUUUCUCCCAAAGGGAUAUUUGUUCAGACCCUGAUGCCGCUUUGCAUAGCAACAAAAUCGAUGACCUCCUGCAGAAAAUUACACCGCUUUCCCAUUCUCGCCCCGACGCCAGAGACCUACGCCCGCCACGCAGUCCAAACGCUUGGUGUUUCCAGCAGAACAGCUGGAUACUGGGCUCACUCCUUCCAGCUUGUUGUUGCUCAGUGGAUCCCCAGAUGGAUGUGUUGGUCUCUCGGAAGGUUCCUGUAUUCCGCGUACCCAUGAACAUCUCCUAUUCUUCUGUAGGAACUCGUGUAAUGGUCUCACGUGAUUUGAACCUAUUUCACUUCUGGUUGAGUUUAGCUGAUAUUUAAAAACUUCACUAACAGAUGUAUACGACAACAAUAUUUUGUGAGUAGAUUAAAAGACAUCCAAUUAUUGGUCGUGGUAGCGGGUAACGUCACAAAUAUAGUGAUCUCAUCGUCUUGGCUGUUUUAAAAGUUAUCACCUUAGUUACAUCAUUUUCUGAUUGAAAUAAGACAUGACAUCCGCGCUCCCCGCCUCUGGACUCGCUGUCUACAGCGCACCGAUCUUCCACUAUGGUCUAUUGUAUCUAUUGACAGGUCUUAGAAAAGUAAAUCUCUCUCGCAAAACAGCACAGAGAACUGGAAUUUAAUAAGCGGAGGCGGUUUGUAUCAAAUUGUUGUUUAUUUGACAGAAUAAACAUAAUAUUUAUGAUUUCAUUGA